AUGAGCGGCGCGGCGCGGGCGGGCCCGGCCCGGCUCGCCGCGCUCGCCCUGCUGACCUGCAGCCUGUGGCCGGCGCGGGCGGACAACGCGAGCCAGGAGUACUACACGGCGCUCAUCAACGUGACGGUGCAGGAGCCCGGCCGCGGCGCCCCGCUCACGUUCCGCAUCGACCGCGGGCGCUACGGGCUCGACUCGCCCAAGGCCGAGGUCCGCGGUCAGGUGCUGGCGCCGCUGCCCAUCCACGGAGUUGCUGAUCAUCUGGGCUGUGAUCCUCAAACACGAUUCUCUGUCCCUCCUAAUAUCAAACAGUGGAUUGCUUUGUUGCAAAGAGGAAAUUGCACCUUCAAAGAGAAAAUAUCACGGGCUGCUUUCCACAAUGCAGUUGCUGUAGUCAUCUACAAUAAUAAAUCCAAAGAGGAGCCAGUCACCAUGACUCACCCAGGCACUGGAGAUAUUAUUGCUGUCAUGAUAACAGAAUUGAGGGGUAAGGAUAUUUUGAGUUAUCUGGAGAAAAACAUCUCUGUACAAAUGACAAUAGCUGUUGGAACUCGAAUGCCGCCAAAGAACUUCAGCCGUGGCUCUCUGGUCUUCGUGUCAAUAUCCUUUAUUGUUUUGAUGAUUAUUUCUUCAGCAUGGCUCAUAUUCUACUUCAUUCAGAAGAUCAGGUACACAAAUGCUCGAGACAGGAACCAGCGUCGUCUUGGAGACGCAGCCAAGAAAGCCAUCAGUAAAUUGACAACCAGAACAGUCAAAAAGGGUGAUAAGGAAACAGACCCAGACUUUGAUCAUUGUGCAGUCUGCAUAGAGAGCUAUAAACAGAAUGAUGUUGUUCGAAUUCUCCCCUGCAAGCAUGUUUUCCACAAAUCCUGUGUGGAUCCCUGGCUUAGUGAACAUUGUACCUGUCCCAUGUGCAAACUUAAUAUUUUGAAGGCCCUAGGGAUUGUGCCAAAUCUACCAUGUACUGAUAAUGUAGCAUUUGAUAUGGAAAGGCUUACCAGAACCCAAGCAGUUAACCGAAGAUCAGCUCUAGGUGACCUUGCCAGCGACAAUUCCCUUGGUCUUGAGCCACUGCGAAUUUCGGGGAUUUCACCUCUUCCUCAGGAUGGAGAACUCACUCCCAGAACAGGAGAAAUCAACAUUGCAGUAACAAGUGGUCACUUCUUUCAUCGAACCUCCUUGUCGCCUCAUAGUUUGGCGUAUGAAAGUGAAUUCUCCACAAUCGAACCUUCUUUGGACAUGUAUGAUGAGAACAAAACCUGAUUUUUUGAAUAUGGGUUGUUGGGGGUCACUUCUUUUGUGAUUUGGUUUACAAUGACCUUUCGUAUUCUGUAUUUUGUCAGCGUCCAUCUUGGAAUAAUGACAGCACUUCCAAGCACAGGUUGGGGUUCAGGGUUGACAUACAGACUUCCUCCAAGGCAAGGCUUUAAGGACAGUGUUAUUGCCCAGGGGAGCCUCAUGCUAUAGAGUAUCCACCCAAGCUGGCCACUGAACAUAGGCACCUGAUAAGCCUAUUUCCAGAAAAGAAAAAAAAAAGAUGGGGGCUAAGGGUUAAUGAUGCAUUGAAAAUAUGUCCGUGUCCCUGAGUAGUCACAAGUAAUUUUGUGUCAGGGUGACAUUGGGUUUUUAAAAAUACUUUAUGUGAUUCUCACAAAUGCAUACUAAAGCCCACAGGUGACGCUACCAACUGGUGCAGAGCACAAGUGGCAGCUCUUUGGCUUGCUUAAUUUUGUCCGUUUUUUCCUACUGUACAUCUUGGUAAAGGGCCUCUUUCUAUAGGAAGUAGAAAGCCCUGCCUGUUGUACCUUCUCUGAAACUAGUUCCCUCCAGAGCUCUACCUAGGGCCAGAGUCUGUGCAUGAUAUGGGCAGCCAUCUGCUUUGUCAUUUCCCAGCAUCCAUGUUGAGCGUGACAUAAGGUGGCAACUAUUUAUGUAGCUGUUAAAUACCAAUAUCUGCCCUGUCUACGCAGCCUGUGGUGUGUAUAUGGAGAGGUGGUACCCAGGAGCCUUGCCUAGCCAUGCCUCCGGGCACACUGACCCAUGGGGUCACAGUUAGUGGUUGUCAACACCAGAAUGGUUUCAAAUGUUUUAUUGUAAAGAUGAAAAUAACAUUCUGCUGCUAAAUUCUCUGUGGAGACUCUCUUCCGCCUUCAUUGUGCACUCAGGCUCCUCCCAGUAGCCUCCAUGCCAGCACGAAGAUGCACCAGAACACUGGCCAUCAGGCUUACAGAAAAGGACACCAUGUCUUCCCCCACACACCCAGGAUGGCAUCAAGUUAACAUGGUGAGAAAAGUGUGACCUACGAGCUAUCCCCACACCACAGCAAGAGGAGCAACCGAGACAAAUCACAGCCUUUCUACAAGCAGUCAUGCCAUAGAUCAGUGUGCCUCUCUCUCGGGCCUGAGCUGGUUAAGUCUGGGGACACCGCAGGCUCAGGUUUCGCAAAUGCAGCCUCAGUGCCCACACGCCUGGCUGUACCAGCUGACCAGGCAAGCGUGGGGAUCCCCUGCCCAGUUACUUUUGUUGGCUCUGAAAAACAUCAGGUUAAAAUGGACAAGAACCGUCUUCUCCUCUGUUAACAGCAUCUUUUCUUGUAAUGUGUCACUAAGAUGCUGCAGAGAAUCUGGGCGGUGAUAGGCUAUAGGAUGGUAGUGAGUGAGCAGGAGCAUUUGUUUUUGUUUUCGUAAUAGGAGGCUGGAACAGGGCAGAUCUUUCAAGUCUUAACCACCUUUGCUUUUUAUUGCUUACCAAGGGCUUUUGUUUCUUUCUUUUUAUAGUCUUUGUACUAUAAAAAUAUUUUUGAUAAACAGUUUCAAUACAACAUUGUUCUGAACGACAGGUUCUCGUCAAGAGAACAUGUGUCAGUCAGGAGGUCAGCCCUCAGCUCCCUGGGACUUUAAAGGCCCCUGAAACGUGUUUAGCUUGGCUCACCAGGCAGAUAUGAUAGCUCUGUUCUAGUUAAUGUCAUGCUGUCCAUAGUCCACCGUUGCUUUCCCCAAACCAAAACUGAGAUCAACAUAACAUUUUCUUCUGAUUCCUACAGUCCUUCACAGGCACACACAUUUAACUCUACUCUAGAAAGCGUCUACUAAGGGAAUGAAAUAGUUUGAGAAAUUUUUUUUUUUUUUGAGUCUUCUAAAAUUUACCAAUACAGUUUGAAUUUCUGGGAAAUCUGGGGCACAUGUUUACUGAAGGAACAGCCAAGGAAGAACUUCUUAUGAGGGAAUUUACUCAGAAUAGUGCUUCAGAUCCCAGUGUGACCCCCUUUCCCUGAAAAUCAGGGCCACUUUCCAACUCAGCUACAGAAUGUCCUAUCUUCCUCAGGAGAGACACUAACUUCUUCAUGGAGGUUGCAUGCUUCAGGAGUGAGAGGAUACCAUUUUUAUCACACCAGAAACUGCUAUGGGAACUCCCUGCAGAGCCACCUGGCAGACCUAAGUGAAGAACCAUUUCUGGCAUGCAAAGGGUGCCCAUGGAGCACGGUCUAUAGCAAUUGACUCUAUCAGCUGGGGAAUGGGCUGCAACAGUUAAAUUGUCAAGGCUCAAGCUUAGGCAGCCUUUACCUCCCCGAGGGAGAAACUGCUCUCAACCUGUUACUUCAAGAAGGGAGAACUGACUGGCCUGGACAUCCAGGUAUAAGGUCCCUGGUAGUGGUGAGUAUGUCUGUCCAGGGUAAUGACCUUUGCUGCCCUCUCGGAAAGACCAUGUUCCUGGCUCCCCAGAAAAUGGCAAUAGCAUCAGCUGCCAAAAGGUGUGGUUGAAAAGGCAUUAAAGAAAAGAGUGGCUUUGUUGUGCAGUAGAUAGCUCACUGGACUUCUAGUGACAAACAAAAGAUUUCAGAAUUUUACUAAUGGACAUAUCUGGUGGGCUUUAUAAGUCCUCCUACUUUAAUCACCCCUAACCUCCAAUGCUGUCCUUGUCUAUAUGCUAAAUGACAACUGGUUUUAACUGAAGAAAACUCUGCAUAAUCUUUGGUGUUAGCCUCUGCUGUCUGGAUAGUUACUAUGUGACAGGAAAUCAAGGUGAUGCUCAUGACUGCUCAUAACUGUCAAGAAACUAAAAUGGCCAAGUGUGGUGGCACAUGUCUUUAAUCCCAGCACUUGGGAGGCGCAGAUAGGAGGAUCAGUGUGAGUUUAAGGCCAGCCUGAGGCUACAAAGUGAAUUCCAGGUCAGCCUGGGCUAGUGUGAGACCCUACCUCCAAAAAUCAAAAAAGGAAGGAAGAAAGGAAGAAAGGAGGAAGGAAAGAGAGAAAGAAAGGAGGAAAGAAAGAAAAAUGCCAAAUUUAACACUGCAGCAUUAUUUAGAAGGACAAGUAGGACUGUAGAGUUAGUUUUAUCUACAGACCUUUAUUGAGUUCUCACUGUGUGCCAAGCUCAGAUGUUUGAAAUUUAGGUGAAUCUUGGGGGGCUGGGGAUAUAUCUCAGUGACAGAGUGUAUUUUUAGCAUGUAAGAUCCCAGAGUUCAACCCUCAGGAUAGAAAAGAAAAAAAAGUUUGUCUGUUCUAGAAAACUGGCACAUUAGCAACCAAGCAAAUGCAAGGAGUCUGUCUUAAGAAGGAGGGUUCCCAAGGCACAGGUGGAGGGGAGUGCAUUGCAGCCUGCCAAGGCUUGAAAGAAGGGGUAGGGCUAUGGAAGCCCCUCUGAGUCCCAUGUUGUACUUCUGCUUCUGUGGAGGGAAGGCUGUGCGUGGGGAUGGCCAGGCUCCAGUCUUCUUCUUGGAAAAAUUCAUUGAGCUACAGGAUGUGUGGAGGCAGACAGGCCCUGCAGUGGAACUGGAAUGCUGGGAUCUGGAUGGAGCCAAGGUGUGCCAUUUGACAGAUUCCAGACCAGCUGACUAAAUGUAGGAAAGCAAGUAAGGUGGAAGUGGAAGCCAGGCCUCUCAUCUUGGUUGACAGGGUAAGGAUCAAUGGGUCCCAGGGAGAACCCAUAUAACCCAGCCCUAUGAAAGUGCUCUCCAUGUGAUAACAAUCCCUGUGCAGCUCUAAAUCGUCCCCUCCCACUGCCCCACAGUGAGGUAUGUACCUGAGGCGCAUAUACUCAGCCUGGCUAGAAGUGGCCCUCAGUGGAGAUGUUGGUGGCAGCCAGAGCAGGGCUGCAGUUGCCCAGAAACAGAAACCAGGCUAGCCACUAUUGCCGAGGGGAUAUUGACCUGUAAGGCCGGGACUUUAGAGGCUACUAGUGGCAGCUAACUUGGAAAACUCAUUAAGCAUAAUUUCCCUAUUCAAAAGGGUAGACCUGCUGGCUCUUGUUCUCCAGUAUUCAGAGCAGGAGCUUAAUAUGGUUAAACUCCAUUUUUGCUGUCAUUCUGAGGGAGUGUAGGGAGAUAAGAAUAAAGGAUCAUUAUCACAGGGAUGACUGUCCUGAUAUCCACAGCUUAAAAUAAGUGCCUUCCUUCCAGAUCUAGUGAGGGCAGUUGGAGUCUUGUCUUUUGUUUUGGCCUUGUGGGUACGUCAUUCCAAAGCUUUGACACACCCCCUUAUUAACACAUCUGGAAAAGGGUGAGCUCAUAAUAAUUUUGGAUAUAGCUAAGAUCCCUGUCAAAGGACUGGGAAUAUGCCUUGUGACAUCAGAGAAAGGCCAGGAAGGAGUCAUAUAGCCGCCUGCAACUGCAGGAGGGAACUUUGCUUGCCUGGCUUUCUCACAGGCAUUAAGGGUAAAGCAAAGCAAGCCCUGAGCCUAUGCUGACACCAUGUCCCUGGCCGGCUGGCGUCUUAUCUUCUGUAGCACCGCAUUUCCAGGCCACACCAGCCUCCUGGAGCUUGGGGGAGGUGGUCCAAGGUUAGGGAACAGGAGGCCACUUGUAAAACGUGGAGUGCUGGCAGAGUUGGGAGGUUUCCCUCUUCCUUGUAGAAAUCUUAAUGAUCUCAGCAAACUUCCCUUUGAUGAAGACAUGUCAGCAGGCCUGAAAUAAAAGUAGCCACCUAAGUUUUCCAUAAAUGUGACCUACUAGCAUGCAGUGCCUGUGCAGCAGAAGGGAACCAUCUGUUCCGGAAAGAAUGAUACUUCUGCAUCCAAAACAUGGUUCUGGACCCUGUAGGCCACCCAGCCCAUCACCCAGCUUUUCCUCCUUGGAGCUCAUCCUAGGUUCAAGCCAUUUCUUCUGUUUCCUUCACUCUGACCUGGGAAAGAAUAAAGACACUUUCUGAGAAAAGCACAGAAACACCUUUGAACUUUAUGCAACUUGCAUAUUGAACUUUCAAGAGGAUUCAUUGCUGCUGGAGGAGUUCAGGCCUCUGCUCUGGACACUCUUAUGUUCCUCCUAUUAACUCUUCCAUAUGCACACACACAGAAGACAGGGACUUGAGGUGGUAUACACUCCACUUUGCAGCCUAAAAGGAUGGUUUUUCUUAGAAGUGGCAAUCCCUGGGAAGCACUGGUGGAAGCCCAGAGCUGACGAUGUGGAAGAAGUCCAGAGUUGGGAGUUGUCAUCAGCACUUUUCUCUGUGCUGCGUGACUCUCAAUCCCCUCAGCUUCCAGGGUCCCCAGAGCAUCCAACACUGAGCUAACAUGGCUCAUUUCUUACUAGUCCCCUCAAGUCCACAUGCUGACUGAAUGCAUGCAUGGAGAAGAGACAUGCUGGCCACCUGUAAGGUUGCCUUGGCUUUCACCAGAUACUCCUGUUGAUAACCAUUGCCAAUUUCUACCCAACUCUUUUCACAAGCAGUCAAUAGUUCAGAGUUGCCCAUGGUUGUUCUGAGCAACUUUUACAAACUUAACAUAACAGAAUUCUAACUUGCUUUUGGAAUUUCCUUCACUCAUAAUUAAGCUCAAGUGUAUUUAGGAUAUUAAAGGGCUUUUCUAAUAACGGGAAGAUAUUUAACAAAAAUAGUUAUUCUUAAAAAGGUGGGAAGGCCAUGAUGGAACUUCCCAACUAUCUGUAAGCUUCAAAUAAAUUCCCUUCCUCCUAUUUAAAAAAAAAAAAAAAAGGUGGGAAGGUGCCCGCCCCGCCCCGCGAGGAGGCCCACCCU